AUGGCUAUCUACGCUGUCCUCGGGGCGACCGGAAAUACCGGGACUGCGCUAAUCCAGAACAUCCUUCAAACGCCCCAGGGGACAAUCCACGCAUACUGCCGCAACAAGGCCAAACUGCUUCGCCUUCUUCCCGAAGUGGCAGACAACAAGCGCGUGCAUGUCUUUGACGGCGGGGUUCAUGAUGUCGAUCUCAUGGUCCGUUGCCUCCGGGGCACCCACACUGUCUUUCUCACUGUCACGACCAACGACAACAUCCCCGGCUGUCGACUCAGCCAGGACUCGGCGCAGACGGUGCUCGCCGCGCUGCGAAAGAUUCAGGAAGAGGAAGCGACCAUCCAAAUGCCCAAGCUCGUUCUCCUCUCGUCCGCUACGAUUGACGAGCAUCUCAAUCGCGAGAUGCCGGCGUGGUUCAAACCAAUCAUGAAAUCGGCCGCUUCCCAUGUGUAUGAGGACUUGAAAAUUACGGAGCGCCUCCUGCGCGAGCAGUCUGACUGGGUGUCCACCAUCUUCAUCAAACCGGGCGGGCUCUCGGUCGACCGACAGCGAGGACAUCAGCUGAGUCUCGACACGCAGGAGUCGUUUAUCUCCUACCUCGACCUCGCUGCGGCCAUGAUCGAGGCGGCCGAUGACCCCGAUGGUCGGUAUGACUUCCAGAAUGUCAGUGUCGUGAAUACCGGGGGCAAGGCCAAGUUCCCCCGGGGCACCCCCUUGUGUAUUGUGGUUGGGCUGUUGCGCCAUUUUUUCCCUUCACUGCAUCCGUAUUUGCCCUCUACGGGUCCGUCUUAA